AUGAAACUCACCGCAGUCGUUCCCUACCUCGUCUACGUCUUCUCUCUCGCCGCCUUCUUCCCCUCGGCCGCGUCGGCCGAAAAGAUCCUCCAGUCGCUCUCGCUCAACAACUGCCAGAAGGAGUCGGACUUCUCGGCCAGCCUCUUCAACGUCGUCGUCUCGGCCAACAAUGGCUCCGUCACGGCCAACGUCGCCGCCGUCGUGUCGGUCGAGGGCAAGGCCGUCUUCGACGUGGCGCUGCGCAUCUACGGCUUCGAGUACAUGCGGCAGGUCAUCGACCCGUGCACCGCCAACCUGCAGGGCCUCUGCCCGAUGAAGCCCGGCAAGAUCGACAUGGAGUUCUCCUUCGACAUCGGCGACAAGCUCGACGCCGUGCCGGGCAUCGCCUACACCAUCCCGGACCUCGACGCCACCAUCCGCGCCCUCGUCAACCUCACCGACACGGACGAGACCGUCGCCUGCGUCGAGGCCGACUUCUCCAACGGCAAGACCGUCGACCUCGUCGGCGUCAAGUGGGCCACCGCCGUCAUCGCCGGCCUCGGCCUCGGGUCCGCCGGCAUCAUCUCCGCCAUGGGCCACUCCGACGCCGCCGCCCACCUCGCCGCCAACGCCCUCUCGCUGUUCGGCUACUUCCAGGCCCAGGCCCUCGUCGGCCUCAGCGGCGUCGACAUGCCGCCCAUCGUCCAGGCCUGGACCCAGAACUUCCAGUGGUCCAUGGGCAUCGUGCACCUCGGCUGGAUGCAGGACCUGUGCACCUGGUACCAGCGCGCCACCGGCGGCGAGGCCGCCCGCCUGCUGGACUCGGUCCGGAGCGUCUCGGUCCAGGUGUCGAAGCGCUCCGUCGCCGGCCCCGUCCGCCGCGGCCUGCGCGCCCUGGCCCGCCGCGCCAACAUCAAGCUCGAGAACGGGUCCUACGUCGUCUACGGCAUCCAGCGCGUCGCCUUCCGCGCCAAGAUCGAGACGACAAACCUGUUCCUGACGGGCCUCAUCGUCUACUGCGCCUUCGUGCUCUUCACCGUGCUCGGCGUCGCCGCCUUCCGCUACGGCACCUCCAUGGCGGCCAAGAACAACUGGACCCGGCGCGACCGCUUCCUCGAGUUCCGGCGCGACUGGAAGACGACGCUCAAGGGCAUCCUGUUCCGGCUGUGCCUCAUCGGGUUCCCGCAGAUGGCCGUGCUGUGCCUCUGGGAGUUCGUGCAGGCCGACUCCCCGGCGCUCGUCGUGCUGGCCGUCGUCUUCUUCUUCGGCACGCUCUUCACCCUCAUCUGGGCCUCGUUCAAGGUCAUCCGCAUCGCCAAGCAGUCCAUCCUGACGCACCAGAACCCGGCCCACGUGCUCUUCUCGAACCCGGCCAUCAUCAACAAGUGGGGGUUCCUGUACGUGCAGUACCGCGCCUCGGCCUACUACUUCAUCGUGCCCUUCAUCGGCUACGUCUUCGCCAAGGCCGCCGUCGUCGCCUUCGGCCAGGGCGUCGGCGUCGGCCAGGCCAUCGCCCUCAUCAUCCUCGAGGCCGCCGCCCUCAUCGCCGUCAGCGUGCUCCGCCCCUUCAUGGACAAGCCGACCAACUCGUUCAACAUCUCCAUCUUCGCCGUCAACUUUGUCAACUCGGUCUUCCUGCUCAUCUUCACAAACGUCUUUGGCGCCCCCGGCAUCGUCGUCGGCGCCGUCGGCGUCGUGCUCUUCGUCGUCAACGCCGUCUUCGCCCUCGUGCUGCUGCUCAUGGUCCUCAUCUCGAGCGUCCUCGUCUUCUGGCGCGUCAAGGGCAAGCCGCCGCAGCAGCCGUCGCAGCUGGUCGACCCGGCCGUCACGGGCAAGGGCGACCGCACCGAGAACAAGGGCCUCCUGGACCUCGACGAGGACGAGGCGGGCGGCGGCGGCGGCGGCGUCGGCCGGAGGGAUUCGCUGCGCUUCGCCGAGAAGGCCAUGGAGGGCGGCAUGAGCCAGCACAGCCUCGGCAACAGCAACAACAACAGCAGCACCGCCCUGUACCGCCCGCCGACCGUCACCGUCGCCGGCGGUGGCGGUGAUAACCACGAGCUCUCGGUGCUUCCGUCGCCCGGCGCCCGGUCCGCUGUGAGUCCGUCGGUGCCCAUGUUCCCCGUGGACACCUCGAUGCGGCCGCGCACGCCGGUGACGCCGCGGUCCCCGCACGGAGACGAGUACCCGCCGAGUCCGUUUGCGAACCAGAUGGGUCAGAAUAUGCACGAGUUCCGGCAGCAGAACAAUAACAGUCCAUGGCAGCGCGGCGCCGGUUACGAUCACUGA